AUGGACACCUUAGGAAAGACAAUCACAUGCCUGGCAGCCAUUGCCUGGAAAAAGAACUCUCUUUCACUUGAGAAAGUGGAGGUUGAGCCACCAAAGGCUGGGGAAGUUCGUAUUAAGAUGACAUCUACAGGGAUCUGUGGUUCUGAUGAUCAUACUAUAAAAGGAAUAAUCACAGUGAAGUAUCCCUUCAUCCCAGGCCAUGAAGGAGCUGGAAUUGUGGAGAGUAUUGGCGAAGGAGUGAGCUCAGUGAAACCAGGAGAUAAAGUCCUCACACUUCCUCUUCCACAGUGUAGAGAAUGCAGCGCCUGCUUGCAUCCCAAGGGAAACUUCUGUGAGAAGCAAGACCUUCUGCCCUCUUCUGGAUUAAUGCUCGAUGGCACAAGCAGGUUUACCUGCAAAGGAGAAAAGAUCUACCACUGUUUCCGCGCAAGUACAUUCACCGAAUAUACUGUUGUGCCUGAGAUUUCGGUGGUAAAAAUUGAUGCUGCUGCUCCCAUGGAUAAAAUUUGUAUCAUAAGCUGUGAGGUGCCUACAGGAUAUGGGGCUGCUGUUCACUCUGCCCAGGUCACUCCUGGUUCUACCUGUGUGGUCUUUGGACUUGGAGGAAUCGGCUCAGCUAUUGUCAUGGGCUGUAAAGCCUCUGGUGCUUCUAGAAUCAUUGGAGUUGAUAUCAACGAGGAAAAAUUUCCUCGGGCAAAAGCAUUAGGGGUCACAGAUUUUCUCAACCCUUCGAAUCUCAAGAAGCCCGUCCAGGAGGUGGUCAAGGAGAUGACAGGCACCGGUGUUGACUUUGCCUUUGAGGCCAUCGGACUCACAGAAACCAUGGUUGCUGCUUGGGACUCCUGCAACCUGAGCCAUGGUGUCUGUAUAAUCACUGGGGUGUCUGCACCAAAUUUAAAGUUUUCCCUUUCUGGUCAAACAGUUUUCACUGGACGGACACUGAAGGGUGCGUGUUUAGGAGAUUAUAAAACCAAAGACUGUUUUCCCCAACUAGUGACUGCUUACCUACAAAAUAAAAUUAAUAUAGAUCCAUUAAUAACCCAUCAGUUGCCUUUUGACCAACUCCACAAAGCUUUCGAGGUGUAUAAUGCUGGAAAAACGAUCCGCUGUGUUCUGCUGUUCUGAGAUCCCAAAUAAUGAAAGGUGCAAGGAUAUCCUUGGGAAUUUAUUCCUUUCCUGUUUCACCUCCCUGAUUGUUCCAGUGCAGUGAAAAGAGCAGCAAAAAUAUGGAAAUGCAGUCUGAUUGUAAAAAUGAAACAAGUGCACCUUGAAUUUAAUUAUAAUAAAAUAACCUUUUAGAGAACAGAUGUUAUAUAAUUCAUUUUAUGACAUUAAAAAAAGGGAUGGUGGGAUUUGAUUUAUAAUAAUAGUGAUAUGUCCAUCAACCCAACUGAUCUCUGUCAUUAGUCCACGAAAGCUGUCCCUGAGUUAUCCCUUAUUCCUAUUCUCAAUAUACAGAUUUCUCUGUAUCUUUCACACCACUCCAGGGUUUACAUGAUUUUGCUGUUUCUACAACACAUGGGGUCUCAUAAAUUCUUGGAAGGCUCUCUCGGGACACAGUGAGCCAUUUUCUAUCCUGGGGUCUUCAUACCAUCCUAUGCCUACAAUACCCAUGACACACUGAGGCACAGUUCCCAUCUACUUUCAAACAUACAAGCAUAUCUGGGAAAUCUUGCCACCUGCACCCCGAGGAAGCAUGUGUAGGACUCUUUAAGAGAAACUCACCUAGGACCUCAUAACUUCCUUUUCAAGUCUUUUUCUCUUCACUAAACAAAUAUAAUUAUUUCCUCAGUCAUUUACAUUCUCCUUAAACUUUUGA